ACUCUUACACGUUGCCAUGCCUCCCAAAAAGUCUCCAACCAAAGCGACUGCGGCCACUUCCAAGUCUCCAACGACCGUAGCCACUGCACAGAAAGCAUCAGCAAGUAAUCCCGCCGUGUCAAAGGUCGACACGAAGCCUGUUGCUCGAACAACUGCAAAUAGAGCGACAAGAGGAGGAGGAGCGACAGUCCAACGUGGACCGUCGCGAGGAGGCACCGCCGGACGCGGAAGAGCAGUAGCUACCCGAGGGAGAGGAAGGGGAGGCUCACCAGCGGGAAAACAGGGAGAGCAAGUGAAGGGAAAGGCCGGUGGUAAUGACAGAGUCAAAGUGGGAAAGCCGGUGUGGACGAGGGAGGAUGGGGCCGCCCGCAGGAUACAGACGGUAUAUAGACGUUACAAGGCGAAGAAGGAGUUGGCGGCUAGGAGGAAGGAGAAGGAAGAAUAUGAUGCGUUGAUGGACAAAUUGCAGAGAGAAUCUUGGCUGUACAUGAUCAAAAUGGAGAGAGAAGAGAAAGAAAGAGAGGAACAAAGACUGGCUGACAUACGAAAGCGAAAACGAGAAUCCGAGAAACGCAUCAAACGUCUGCUUGAGGCAGCAUUUGAUGGAGAAGUGGAGGAAAUACUAACAAUAAUGGAUGAAGUUUUUCAAGAUGCCAAAGAAUGGUUGAUUACAAAGGGCACUCCUGAGUCAACAGCAGUGGCACUUGCCACACAGAAGCAGGCACAACUUGUUUAUCUGACUGAUCCGAAUGGAAACACUCCUCUUUCUGAGGCGGCCAGUGGAGGUCACACGGACUGUAUUCAGUUGCUCAUUGAUAAAGGUUCUGACACGAACACAAAAGGGCAAUUUGAACGAACGCCAAUUUAUCGAGCUGCAUUUGCUGGACAUGUAGAAGCAGUGCAAAUACUGCUUCAGCAUGGUGCCGAUCCCAGACUAUGUGCAAGUGAUGGAACAAUUCCAGAGCAAGUUGCUUCUUUGUCUACUGUUGAAACUGUUCUGAAGGAAUGGGAUUGUAGUCAAACUGAUAUUAAGCUGGAAAAGAUGCAGAAAGAACGCGAGAGGCGUUUGAAAGAAGAGAAGGAACAUCGUGAGAAAGAGGCCAGCAGAUUGGAGGACAAGAGGAAACAGGCAGUGAAAGAACACGAUAGCAAACAGAAGCUGCUUGCCAAGGCUUACGAAGAGCUCAACAAGCGCAUCUUCGAGCACGACAAAUGUGAAGCCUCGGGGACAGCAAAAACUCACCUUACUAUAGAGGCUGUUCAUGAAGCUGAGUUGGUGUUGGAAACGGCUAAAAUCGAAGCAGAAGAAGCACAGAAGAAGUUGGAUAAGAUCAAAUUGAGCAUCAGAGAACAGGAGCAGACAGAAACAAAUGAUGAUCGUGGUAUUGAUGAAGUGGGAUUGAAGGUUUCGAUUCGAGAACUUGACGAAGUGCUCAUGAGAGAUGUCGGAGACAGGAUAAAGAAAGACGGCAGGUGUCCACUUCUUCUGGACACGUCUGCACAGUCGGCUACGUUUCUACGAUAUCGUGACACUAAUUAUUUGAAUGCUUGCAGUCCACAAGAUAUGGAACCCGAAUCUAUUCGCUUGUCAGUCUUAGGAGCAAUUAGAUACGGGAAAUUUAUUGUUUUGGACAUGCAUGAUGUUGACAUGUGGGAUGCUUGCAUUCACAAGUUCGACGCAGUACAACCAGGUCUGCUCCAGGCGAUCGUUACCAAGGAAAUCAUGAAGAAUGAAAAAUAUUUGUCUCUUAUUCGAUCUGGAGACGGCGAAGCAUACAGUAAAAACAAUUUUAACGGUUUUCGACUGAGCCAUUUUAACAUGGUUUUCAUCACACGAAUGAGGCAACCACCAGAUGAGCUACUGAAGCAGACGUACCCAAUCAGGAUUCACAUUGUAUCAGAAUCAUUCUAGCGGGGUUGGGAAAUUGACAGGCACAGUCAGGAUGUAGUUUAUGGAGACGUUACUCAUCACUUAUUUUUGAAUAUCUUUGUACACAUACAGUGUAUUGAUGGUAGGUAUGCUUUGUACGUCGUCUUUGAAUUUUAUGCUCGUAUGUGGAUAGUUAUAUAAUGGGAUGUUAUCGUUUU